AUGGCAAACAAGAUAGCGGAUAGACGGCGUGUUUACCUCGCAUGUCGAGCCAUCUUCGUGGGCCAGAAAGCGGAGCUACGGAAACAGAAAAAGAUACGCGAAGAGAUCGAGAGGUGGCCACAGGUGCUAAGGUCACUUACCCAUGGCUUGAGCAUAGAGAAUGUGGUCGAGAUUCUUCGCGACCUCCUAUCACGGCAUAUCUUUAAGUCAGAGCUCAAAGCGAAGGCGGAAUUUCCCGACUUGUUCUACACGCCGCCGGAACAGGAGGUCAAACGCGAAGCAUCUGAAGUUAAAGCUGCUAAGUCGACAGCUGAGGUACUAGACGAAGUUGCUAGCGUAGGACAAAACGACGCCGAAUGCAAUGCCGGAGUUGAAGAGCAUGCUACUGAGCAAGCUGACGAGAACGCCGCCAAGCAAACUGACGAGGACGCCAUCAAACAAACUGAUGAGGGUGUCACUAAACAAGCUGCCGAGGAUGCCACCAAGCAAGCUGACGAGAAUUCCAUCAACCAAACUGGCGAGCUAGCGACAUUGCCUUCACUAUACCCGACAUACAUUCCGUAUAAGGCACAGCAUAUUAUUCUGAGCGAGGCGCAACGUAUGCUAGAAGAAAGCUGCUUCGAAUUCACUAGGAAGCAUAUGCCGGCACUUCUCGAGAAUACUGGGUUGGAAUGCGCUAGUUCACUCGAACUGACAAAAUGGACGCGGCUGCUGGCUAAGAUGGCUGAUGAGAUACCUGAAACGGCGUUUGACUUGGGAGCUAUGCCUUUGAGAGAGGUGUUAUUCUCGACAGACAAGUUGCGACAUAGCGCGGUUCAUAGGGUCCCGAUGACUGCCCGUGGUAUAAAAGAUCUACUCAAGUCAGCAGUGACCCUUGCAUUUACAAUUGGCGACCACAAGCAUGCAGGCCAACUCGAGGAGAUAUGCUACGAGCUAGAUAGUAAGGUCAAGGCGAUGGAGAUGAAUAAAAAUGCAUUGGUGUAUUCUGCCACAGCCGAUCUGCAGGAUAUUCAACGGCGGCGAGAAGAGUUGGAUAUCCUGGAGAAAGAGGUGCUUGCCACCAUGGUGAAAAACGAUCAGAAGAAUAGGGGCUUCAUUGGAGCGCUACUGGAGGAUUCGGUGUGUAGGAUCUUGGAAGGGAAGACGGAGAUAGAGACGGAGAUGGACGAGGAGUUGAAGAUUGAGGAUGAUGAAGAGGAAUUCUCAGAACCCGGUACACCGAAAACCGAGAAAAAAGAGCCCGAGGUAGAAGGGUCUAAGCAAGAUGACCGCCAACACAACACUCUCAAAUACUCUCUCCUCGGGCCUUCGCUCACCAAAGCCGGCCAGGACUCCGUCGAUCAAUCUAAGGUUUCGGAAAUCAUUUAUAACGCAUCCAAAGGAUCCAAGUUCUUUAACCGCGAAGAAGUCAAGGACAAGAUCUUGACGCAGAAGAUCGAACAGAUUCUGGAGAAAAAGCGUCGUCUGGAGAGGCUCGAUCUAACUCGCGAGCUCCGGGCUGCGGACCAACUCAUAACCCAGCUAGAGGUCUCCCGUGACCUGACGCAGCACAUAGUCCACGUUGAUUGCGAUGCCUUCUACGCUGCCGUCGAGCAACUCGACCGCCCCGAGCUCAAGGAUGUCCCAUUCGCCGUUGGAGGCGGCGUGCUUACCACCUGCAAUUACCUUGCUCGAAAAUUCGGCUGUCGAAGCGGCAUGGCUGGCUUCGUGGCUAAGAAGCUCUGUCCUAACCUCCUCCUCCUCCCUCUCAACUUUGACAAGUACACCUCCAAAGCCCAGGAGGUCCGGCAAGUCUUGGCGCAAUACGAUCCAAGGUUCCAAAGCGCCAGCAUCGACGAGGCUUAUCUCAACACCACCGAAUAUUGUGUCGAACAUAACAUGACGCCUGGGGAUACUGUCCAGCAAAUGCGAGAUGAGAUUCAUGAGAAGACGAAGAUCACGGUUUCUGCUGGAAUUGCCGCAAAUGCGAAGCUGGCUAAAAUCUGUUCCAACAUGAACAAGCCUAAUGGCCAGUACAUCCUGCCUAACGAUCGUAAUGCUAUAAUGAAUUUCAUGCGCGACCUUCCGACAAGAAAGGUAAACGGAAUUGGGCGGGUUUUAGAACGAGAAUUGCAGGAGAUAGGAGUCAAAACAUGUGGCGAUGUCUAUCCCCAUCGUCAGCUUUUGACGUACGAAUUCCUGCUCAUGUGCUAUCUCGGGCUGGGCAGAACCGAAGUCCAGCCCGUGGAGGAGUUCGAACGGAAGAGCGUCGGAACCGAAAGCACGUUCCGAGAUCUUUCAGACCCAGUACAACUGAGAGAAAAAUUGAAGCACACAGCUGACGAAUUGGAAAAGGACAUGCGAAGAGCCGAGUGCAAAGGCCGGACUCUUGUCUUGAAGGUAAAGUUACAUACAUACGAAGUUUUGACGAGGCAAGUUGUGACGCCAAGAGCUAUUUGCGCCGCGGACGACUUAUACAAUUAUUCGUUGCCUAUCUUGGCAAAGCUGGAGCAGGAGGUCCCGGGUAUGAAGUUACGCUUAAUGGGCCUUCGGUGCACGCAUCUAGUUAGCACUAAGAAGCCCGACGCUCGUACAUUUUUUGGAUUGAGACCUUUAAAAACGGGGUCCGACGGGGUGGCCGACGGAGGGACAAACGAAUCUGCCCAAGAAGAUGAUAUUCCACAGGAACUAUUAGACCAGUUACCUCACGACGAUACCCACGAGCCCGGCUUAGAUCUCGCCGAGCAUCCCACAGCCGAAAAAGACGCCACCUACCGACACCACGGCAAAGAAAUCCUCCCAAACCCAAACCCCAACCCCAAACGCCCAGCCCCUGAGCUCGAGCCCGAGGAAUACUGGGAUUGUCCCAUCUGCAGCCGGCCGCAAGCUACCGACGAGCGCCUGUUCAACGAACACAUCGACCUAUGUCUCUCGCGUCAGACGAUCCGUGACACGGUGCAGCGCGAAUUCAAACCCAGCCCGAGCCCUGCAGCUGACGCGCCACCGCUCAAGAGGCGGAAGGGCAUUGUAUAUAAUGAUGCAAGUAUUAGUAGCAUCAUGCCUCCCCCCUUGGCCCAUAUUGUGGUGGCUUUGUUGCCUUUCUUUCUUUCCCCAUCAGUCUGUCCCCCAUGCUCUUAA